AUGAACGCUUCACAGUUCCUUUUAGCUGCAUCAAUUAUAAAGCACUUGGAGAAAUACCAAAGUGCCGACCCUGACUUUGUGCUAGCUUUCUUAGAAAACCCUUAUGUCGACUACAGCAUUGGCGGAGGAGAUACCAGCGAUCAGGUGUUCACAUUUUACCAAAAGGCAAAAGCACGGCUUAAGGAAGCUGGUUUAAUCUUACGAAAAUGGCGUUCUAAUAGUUCAACUCUCCAAGCGCAAAUCUCCAAAUUCGAAAUCGAGGAUCCAGCUCCUCCCGAUGAGAAAAACUUGGGCAUCACAUGGGAUACGGCCAAUGACGAAAUGGAAAUAGACCUGUCAAGACAAAAACAGUUAGCUCAAUCCGACGUCCUUCUAACUAAACGCAACAUCCUAAAAAUCAUCGCAUUGAUUUACGACCCAGUCGGUUUGGUUUCGCCCCUCGUUGUACCGUUUAAGGUAUUCUUUCAGAAGUUAUGCACAACCGUAAACGAUUGGGACACUGAGGUUAGUGAGAAAUUAAAGGACGAAUGGAAUUCGUUAAUAGAGUUAUUUUCAUUCUCGUUGAAAUAUCGAUUGCAACGUUAUUACUUCGCUAACUAUCCUUUAAGUGAUUUGAAAGACAUCACCCUGCAUGGGUUUUGUGAUGCAAGUAAAAGAUCAUACGCUGCUGUUGUCUACAUUAUUGGAACGUUAUCAAGCGGACGCUCUGUUGGACGCAUUGUGUGUAGUAAAACAAAAGUAUCCCUUCUCAAUGAACUAUCUAUCUCUAGACUGGAGCUUCUCUCAUGCUUACUUCUUUCUUCCUUAAUUGCGUGCAUUAGUCAGUCGUUAGGUAGCGUCGUUCCAGCAGCUUUGAAAUUUUGUUGGAGUGACUCAAUUGAUGUCCUAUGUUGGGUUAGAAAUAAUAAUUCUAGUAAGCAAUUUGUUAAGAACAGAGUGACAAAAAUUAGGGAUUUAACGCCUCCAGCUAUGUGGAGAUUUUGUCCUGGAAAGUUGAAUCCUGCUGAUUUACCAUCUCGUGGUGUAAACAAAGCGAAUAAAAACAAUUGGUUUCAAACAUGGACUAUCGGACCUAGUUUUAUAUAUCCCGCUAUUAGUUAUUAUGUUGAGUGA